AUGGCGGCUAAAACCUUAGUCUGCAAUACCUUCGCGCCCAAAAAUGUUGUUGGAGCUAACUAUCGGGCUCCCGUUGGGCCUUGCGCCGUUUUUUUCCGUUCCGCCGGUAACUUGGGAUCAAGUCGGAGGCCAUUUCCUGUUGUCAGAGCUCAGGCCGCCGGCGAAAACAAGGAUUCUGCGGUGGACGUCCACCACGUCAGCGGAGGUCAGAGCGGCGGAGAAAAUCAGGGCCCCUCCGCUGGUCGGCGGCUUCGGAGGUUGGCGCUCGAUGACUCUCCUUUUGACUUGCUCGACACACUAUCUCCCAUAUUGUCCGUGCGCCAGAUGCUCGACACCGUGGACCAAAUGCUCGAAGACUUAACCAUACUUCCCGGGACAUCGCCAGCUAGGACAAACAAGAAACGAGCCCCGUGGGAUGUGACUGAAGAUGAGAACGAAAUCAAGAUUCGCAUAGACAUGCCGGGACUUUCAAAGGAGGACGUUCGGGUCUCGGUUGAGGAUGAUGAUGUGCUCGUCAUAAAGGGCGAACGAAAAAGCCAGCGAUGUGGAGGUGAAGAGGAGGAAGAGUCAUACAGCUCGUACGGGACGAGGCUGAGGCUCCCGGACGAUUGCCUGAAGGAUAAGGUAAGGGCUGAGAUGAAUAAUGGGGUGCUUUAUGUGUACGUACCCAAGGGUAAGGUUGAGAAGAAGGUGAUUGAUGUGGAGAUUAAGUAG